AACAUAAGUUCCGUCAAACAGGAAAGGGCGGGGUGUGGUUCAACACGAGCACAAUUGAGUGUGACACACAAAACAAAAAACUUUGAACCGCUGAGAAAACAAACGACCUGUUGCUUGUGUCAGGGGGGACGUGUGAAGAGGUGGGAAAUGUCUGAGCUAAGCGACGAGGCCAGUGAAUCGGAGCAGCUGGGUGCCAGCCUCUCCCUGUGGCUGGGUGACUCCGUGAUGCGACCUGAGGAGCUGGAUGUUCCUCUGGACCUCCACACCGCCUGCUCCAUCGGCCAGUACGACGUGGUGACAGAGUGCAUCAAAAAGCGUGAGGUGAACCUGGAUGGCAAGAACAUUGGAGGAUGGACCCCACUGAUGUAUGCGUCAUACAUUGGACAUGACAACAUUGCAAAUCUUCUGCUGGAGGCCGGUGUGAAUGUAAAUGCUACCACUGCCAAAGGUCUAACCCCGUUGAUGCUAGCAGCAAGCUGUGGCAAUGAAAGUAUUUCAUACUUCCUGCUUCAGCAAGGUGCUGAGUUGGAGCUGAAGGACUCUCUGGGCUGGACGGCUCUGUUCCACUGCACUAGCACUGGCCACCAGCAGAUGGUCAAGUUCCUGCUGGAUAAUAAUGCUGAUGCUAACAUCAAAGAGCCAGGGUCUGGUUUCACUCCCCUGAUGGAGGCUGCUGCUUCUGGACAUGAAAUCAUAGUUCAGUAUCUGCUCGAUCAUAAAGUUAAAGUAGAAGAUCGCAAUGCUAAAGGAGAGACUGCUCGUGCCCUAGCAAUGAUGUAUGGCUAUACCAAGAUCGUCAGCCUCAUUGACUCACGUUCUCCAAGGAUCAAGCCAGGACACUUUGAGGACCUGAGCUCCUCUGAGGACUCGGACAGCCCACCCCCGAGGAUUAGGCCUAGAAACCGAACUAAAGGCAUCAGCAUCCACGAUGGGCCUCAGGCCAUUGCAAAGUUCCGAGUAGGAGGCACGAGCAAACUGUGUGAGCCUCCUGCUGUGCCACCAGGCUACAUGACGGUCCGUGAUAUUGGUGAACAGAGUGAGGGCCUCUGCUACCGUGACGUGACCUCGCCUAUCAACGAGCUGGACGGCCAGAGCAACAGCAGCAGAGAUGAUAGUCCAUUCUUUGAAAAUGACAUGCCCACCAUGAGGAGCAGCAGUAGCAGCAGCGAAGGCCUGCCUCAUGUGAUUGGCCUCAACUGGGAAGGCUCUGUGGAGAGUAAUGAGGACUCUGACCCAUGCAAGAAGAGCAGCUCUCGCAGAGUAAAUAAGGGUCAUCACUCGAAAGGAAAGAGUCGCCAUGGAAGCAACGAUGCAGCUCACUCCAGUGGCGCAGGGAACUGUGUCAUACGUUCACAUAUUGUUCCUCCGCCCUCCUACACCGGUCCAAAGGAUCUGGCAGAGUUCUUGGAGCAGAUCGGCUUCUCUAAGUAUCUCCCAAUACUUGAAGAGCAAGAUAUUGAUCUGCGGAUAUUUCUCACCCUGACGGAAAAUGAUCUCAAAGAAAUAGGGAUCACAUUGUUUGGACCCAAGCGUAAGAUGACCUCAGCUAUUGCAAGGUGGCACAGCAGCGCUCGACCACCCAGCGAUGCUCUGGAACAGGCUUAUGCUGACCAGCUUGAGGCUGAGAUGCAGGAGAUGGCCAUUCAGCUACACAAGCGCUGUGAAGAGGUGGAGAACCUGCAGAGCCAGGUGUCUCAGGAGAAGGAGCUGCGUACAGUGAUGGAGGGAUGUCUGAUGGAGGACAAGAUGGCGUGGAGGAGGGUGCACACCGAGUUGGUGGAGAACCACCGACUGGCUCAGGACAUGAGUGCCACACUAGCGAAAGCCAGGACCUGCCGUGCUGAACUGCUCUCCUGCUUCCCUACUGAUGGCAAUAACAUCUCUUUCACUGACGUGGAAAAUAAAACAAAAGAUGACACAGGUGACAAAGUUGCGGAGGGCCUGACAUGCUCCAGUGUUGUAGAGCUAAUGAAGAAGUUGGAUUCCUAUGAAGAAGAACUGGCGGCGACCCUGCAGACUGUGCUGCAGAAUCUGAGGCGAAUGAGUGCCCCUGAAAAAGUCUCAGAUAGCUGGGAACGGCCUUAACCUUUCCAGGGGAUACUGCCAAUAUUCGACGGAGGGUGAUUUAACCACCCCGAACAAUCUCAGUGAAAUGGGAGAAGGUCAAAGAUGAGGCCAGCCCUCCCGCACUUGAAGCUGCCGACCUGCUGCCCCUCUGGGAUUGGCUGAUGGACCAGAGCUUGCCAGAUGUGGACAAGGCCAAGGGCAACAGCAGCUGCUGCAAGGAAACGACAAGCAGGCAGGAAGGGCACCUGACCCCCACACGCUUGUGCUGGUGAAUACUGGACUCCAGUAGUUGGGUUGUGAAAAUGCACAGAGAGGAGGAAGGACUGAUCGUGGAUCAGACGCUGUAAUACUGUGAAGCAUUUAUACAAAACUGUACUCUCUUCCUAUAUGAAAUGUGGUUUAAAUUAUGUUCAUGCCACCAGAUGAAGGGGUGCAGUUCUUAAAAAGUUCUUAAAGUAAUCUGUUUAGUUGAAAUAAUUUCUGCAGUGAUACUUGAUGAUUUGAAUGAAAUCUACUCACUUGUAUGCUGUUUGAAUAUAAUGUCCUGCUGAAUGCAUUUUGAGGAGCUGAAGAUCAUAACAAGAAACCUGAAAAGACCUGUCAUUUCAUCAGUUCCCGCAACACAUAAGUUAUGAGUAAAAUUAUAAAACUUCAAAACAGACACAAAUCUUUACAGCAAAAUAGUGAUUUAGUUUUCUUUUUCAAACACAAACAAUAGACAGUUCAGUUUCAGAGUUUACUCAGUGGUGCUACCAGGAGGUUAGGUACUAUCUGGUGGAUUUCCUGUGUAUCUUCUAGAACAGGAUCCAUUUUACCCUGAAAUGCUCCCAACUCUUUAAAAAGCUGGAGAGUCUUGAUUGUAUUGGACUAAAAUUAAAAUCCACUUGCCUGAAAGUUGAGGGCAAAUUUUUUAAAACUGUAACAAACAAUCAUCUGCUCGUGACAGAUACACUACGCACAAAUUAAACAAACAUUUUAUUUAAAUGUAUUUCAGGGUGUUAUCAGAUGUUAAAGCAGAUCCUCGUAAGAAAGACAACUUAUGUGGAAUUUUUUCUUAGCUUCAUAUUUUUAUGACCAUGUACAGCAUGCAUUAGGACAACAGAAAUAACAGUGGAAAGAGUUGUUUCAGUAGUGGUUAAGAAAACUAGAUUUCUAUAUCUUUUAAUCUGCUAUACUUAAUUACUUUUCAACACUUUAAAUUUGGAACUUCGAAAACAGCAGCUGAAAACAGCAAAAUUGUUCAUGACUUCAUGCCUUCCGAAUUCAAAUUCAUGAACAAAGUAUUAAAAUCUCUUGCCUAAAGUUUGGGACUUUAAUCUUUUCUUUUCAGCAUUUCUGUUCUGUUCCUCCUUUUAGUUUGAAUUAUGGUGCUCACUGGACUCUGUAUCAGACUUAAGCAGAUUUGUGGAAUAUGAGACUUUUGUUUUUUUAAGUGUUUCUCUCUUUAACCAACACUGAAUAGUGAAACUCCAGGUCCUAUCCCCUGACCUGCCCAGAUGUUUGAUAUAAUCAGCUGGCUCAGAGCAGUCUGGCAUGAUACAGGGCAGCUCUGUGUGGACCGAGCCUGGGGGUUGGGGAUUCCCCCCCAGAUUAUUGGGAUGUCCUCAUGUGGAGUACAUCUGAAAAUCCUCUAUUGUGCCCGGGGCCUUGGCGGUAAAACGAUGCGAUGACAGUUGCUGCUCGGUAACAACCUUGGCACAAUAUGGAUGUUGGCUGAGUUUGGCUUGAGCAGCUGAUCCAGAUAGAGCAGCUUCUAGCCUGCAGGUUUAUAAUGAGCACAGACUGCUUCCAGCUUGUACAUCACUGCUCUGCCCUUGUAAUGGACUGAAACUGAAAUAUCAAUUUACUACAACACUAGUUAAUGGGAAAUAUGGAUUAUUGCUCUAAUGUUAUGUUAAACUGCCAUAAAAAUGGUGUUGGGUUCUGA